ACACUCGUCCCGGGAGAAAGAAGAGAUGUCGAACAACUUGCUGACGCUGGUGGCGGUGCGGGACAACAGGCAGCCCGAGAUGGACGAGCUUGGCUUCAUGGUCGGCGAUCUGCUGGUCGACGCCAAGCGGGUCGAUGAGCACUGGUAUGUGGCGGUGAAGCCGACAGGCGAGGCCGGUUUGGUACCGGCCAGCUACGUCCAGCAGGCAUCGUCGGACGCGGCAGCAACAAAGGCAGCCAAGGAGGCAAAGCGGAGCUCGAUGCGCAUUCAGCAGGAGCGCCCGAGCGUCCGCGAGCCCACACUCGCCGCAUCGUGCGAGGGCUAUCUGUACAAGAAAGGCGGCUGGCGCCACAACUGGAAGAAACGCUGGUUCUGCAUCAUCGGCACAGACCUUGCGUAUGCCGACCAGGGUGGCGGCGAUGUGUUGUCGCGCGCCAAGGGCGCCAUCGAUCUGACCGACGCCGAGCUCGAGGCCAACCCACCGGCCCACCACACCCACAACUGGACCUUUAACGUGGCGGUCACCGAGCGGACAUACCAGCUGUACGCCGAAACCAAAGAAGACAAGAUCCGCUGGGUCAGCGCCCUCCGCGAGGCCAUCGACUCUGCCAAGGGGACCAAAUCCUGAUUCGCACACCAGCCCCCAUGAGGCCGUGCUACCGCCAGAGAAGGCCAUGCUGUGGGUGAUUCGUGUGUAACACACCCCCUCCCUCCCCGA